UGUGGAGGUCCUACCUGGUGGAGAACAGUGGCACUAUGCCUCGUUUUACUGUACAUGUCAGGGAUGAGUGGCUGACUGUUCCCUGUAAGGAUACAUCCUGCACUAUAAAAUGGUUGGGAGUGGAGGCGCUUAAACGCUACCUAAAGAACAAGCCAGGUAACGGAGGGAUUCCACAUGUUAAAGACGUGUGCUUCGUGGCUAGGAGGUGUCAGGGACAAGGCUUGCUUGAUGCCGAUGACACCAUAGAAGAUGUCUUGGAGGACAAUGACUUUGUUGAGCUGGAGAUUAAAGGAGACACCAUGUCAUCUGACUUCAUUCCUAGCCAACCUGGAAUGUCAUAUUUAACAAGAACCUACAGAGAGCCAGAGGAGUAUCUUUAUCUAGAUGGCAACAGUCUGAAUUCCACCGACCUGGUCAAGCUUGGACAAGGCCUCUACAAGAUUAAGCUGACCCCUGAGGCUGAGCACAAGGUUGAGCAGUCAAGAGAACUUCUGGACACCAUAGUAAAAGAAAAAAAAGUUGUUUAUGGGAUCACCACAGGAUUUGGAAAAUUUGCUCGUACCAUCAUCCCAAUCGGCAAACUUAAGGAACUACAGGAGAAUCUUAUUCGUUCACACGCUGCAGGUGUGGGCAGUCCCCUGAGCCCUGAGAGGACUCGAAUGUUGCUGGCUCUCAGAAUAAACGUUCUGGCUAAAGGCUACAGCGGCAUCUCUUUAGAAACUCUGCAUAACAUCAUACAGGCUUUCAACGCAUCAUGUCUGUCUUUUGUUCCUGAGAAAGGAACAGUCGGUGCCAGUGGAGACCUUGCCCCACUCUCACAUCUAGCUCUGGGGCUGAUGGGAGAAGGAAAGAUGUGGUCGCCUAAAAGUGGCUGGGCUGAUGCCAAAUACGUACUGGAGGCACAUGGGCUGAAGUCUAUAUCACUAAAACCAAAAGAAGGCCUGGCUUUAAUUAACGGCACACAGAUGAUCACUUCACUGGGGGCAGAGGCUGUGGAAAGGGCAGAGUCCAUUGCCAGACAGGCUGAUAUCAUUGCAGCCCUCACCCUGGAAGUCCUGAAAGGGACCACAAAAGCUUUCGACAGUGACAUCCACAAGCUGCGCCCCCACCAGGGGCAGAAAGAGGUGGCUCUCCGUUUCCGUGCUCUUCUGGACUCUGAUCACCACCCAUCAGAGAUUGCAGAAAGUCAUAGGUUUUGUGACCGAGUCCAGGAUGCAUACACCAUGCGCUGUUGCCCCCAGGUCCAUGGUGUUGUCAACGAUACGAUUGCUUUUGCAAAAAACAUCAUAAACACAGAAAUUAACAGCGCUACUGACAAUCCUAUGGUGUUUGCAGAGAGGGGAGAAACUAUUUCGGGUGGAAAUUUUCAUGGAGAGUAUCCAGCAAAGGCACUGGAUUAUUUGACGAUUGGGGUACAUGAGUUGGCAUCAAUCAGUGAGAGGCGAAUUGAGCGUCUCUGUAACCCGUCUCUCAGUGAGCUCCCUGCCUUUCUGGUUAAUGACGGAGGGCUGAACUCAGGCUUUAUGAUUGCACACUGCACGGCUGCAGCUCUUGUCUCUGAAAACAAAGUGCUGUGUCACCCCUCCUCAGUGGACUCACUAUCCACUAGUGCUGCCACAGAAGACCAUGUGUCCAUGGGAGGCUGGGCUGCCCGGAAAGCUCUACGGGUGAUCGAACAUGUGGAGCAAGUGUUGGCUAUUGAAAUGCUGGCUGCGUGUCAGGGCAUUGAGUUCCUCCGUCCACUUCGCACCACAACACCAUUGGAGAAAGUGUAUGACUUGGUGCGCUCUGUUGUCAAACCCUGGAUAAAGGACAGAUUUAUGGCUGCAGACAUUGAAGCUGCCCACAGGCUUCUCAUAGACCAGAAGGUGUGGAAUGUUGCUAAACCAUACAUUGAGAAGUACUGUAUGGAGCACUUUCCCGAAUCACGACCUUCCUCUCCUACUGCCUUCUCUCUGGAGUCACCAGCAUCGCCACAGAAACGUGUCAGACUGGAAUGACAGUGAUUCUACCCAUGAAAACCCACGCAAAAAAACAUAAUAUUAGAUAUUAAUACUAAUAAGAUGCUAAUGCUAAUUAUUUCUACUUUAUGUUACAAUGUUUUACAUUAUAACAAAUUAUAUUUAAUGGUCCAAAAAAUGUUUCUUUUUCACUGUUAAGAAUAUGUUUGCUUUAUUGCUGUCACUUAUGUUUGUGAAACAGCUACAAGCUUAGAUGGAGUCUGUGUAUGGUGGUUGCCAUACCCUGAGCUCUGAGUCAGUGCUAGUGUAUCUAAAAUAAAAUACAUUUAAAUAAG